CAUUCCAUCACACUCAUCCAACCGAAUAUUCAUUACCACAAACAAAAAACUAGUACCUAAAUCUGAAAAAUCUUGAAAACAAUAUGGCUAAGAGAUCAUUAACUAUAGCAUCCUUUGCAAUGUUACUUUCCUUUUGUCAUUUGACAAUGUCUAUAACUGCAGUUGAUCCUAUUGCAGCCACAGGAAAAGAACCCAUUAUUGAGUUAUACAUGCAUGACAUUCUUGGAGGAAGUAACCCGACAGCUCGACCAGUAACUGGUUUGCUUGGCAACAUAUACAGUGGUCAAGUGCCUUUUGCAACACCAGUUGGAUUCAACCCUCCACAGGGUGGGAUUCCCAUACCUAAUGCCAAUGGAGCUAUUCCUACUGUAAAUGGGGUUACUGGUAUUCCACUAGGAACUGGCUUGGCCGGUACGUCCUUCGCACCAAACAACAACAAUAAUCAAAACAAUUUUCAGCUUUUGUUAGGACCAGAUGGACUUGGACUAGGAUUUGGUACAAUUACUGUUAUUGAUGAUAUAUUAACAUCUCAACCUGAAUUGGGUUCUCAAAUGGUUGGAAAAGCUCAAGGUGUGUAUAUGGCAAGUUCAGCAGAUGGGAGUAGACAGAUGAUGGUAUUCACAGCCUUGUUUGAAGGAGGUGAAUAUGGAGAUAGCUUGAACUUUUAUGGUUUGUAUAAGAUAGGAAGCACCAUGUCGCGAUUAUCGGUGAUAGGGGGGACAGGGAAGUUUAAGAAUGCAAAAGGGUUUGCUGAACUGAGACCUCUUAUUCCACCAGGACAGGUUGCCACUGAUGGUGCUGAGACAUUGUUGAGGAUCACUGUCCAUUUGAACUACUAGAACUGUGCGGUAGAAAUAGAAAAGUGACCGGGUGGUUUUUAAUUGCAUAUGACAAUGAUAUUGGUCUUGGAUGUUGUCAUGUUUGAAUGUGUAAUUGUAUUUGAAAUCUUAUUUGUAAUCCCAUGAAACCAUAUGGUGAUUUGUAUUUUUUGUGGAAAGGGUAUUGAUUGAUGGUAUUCUACUGCUUA